AUCAUUACAGAGGCACACAAGAUCAUUACAGAGGCACACAAGAUCGUUACAGAGGCACACAAGAUCGUUACAGAGGCACACAAGAUCGUUACAGAGGCACACAAGAUCGUUACAGAGGCACACAAGAUCGUUACAGAGGCACACAAGAUCGUUACAGAGGCACACAUAGAUCAUUACAGAGGUACACACAAGAUCAUUACAGAGGCACACAAGAUCGUUACAGAGGCACACAAGAUCGUUACAGAGGCACACAAGAUCGUUACAGAGGCACACAAGAUCGUUACAGAGGUACACAAGAUCGUUACAGAGGCACACAAGAUCAUUACAGAGGCACACAAGAUCAUUACAGAGGCACACAAGAUCAUUACAGAGGCACACAAGAUCAUUACAGAGGCACACAAGAUCGUUACAGAGGUACACAAGAUCAUUACAGAGGCACACAAGAUCAUUACAGAGGCACACAAGAUCAUUACAGAGGCACACAAGAUCAUUACAGAGGCACACAAGAUCAUUACAGAGGCACACAAGAUCAUUACAGAG